ACCAACUCCUUCCUGUACCCAUGGUGUCCUCUCACUCCUUCCUUCUGGAUGGGGGCCCAGAGGGCACAGGAGGGUAUAAAGAAGACCUGGAGGGACCCAGGCACAAGGAGACACCAGCGAAAACUCUCCCGGCCAGAUCCCUGGGAUGCGCCAGCCAGAGGCCAUGCUGCUGCUGCUGCUCACCCUCGCCCUCCUGGGGGGCCCCACCUGGGCAGGGAAGAUGUAUGGCCCUGGAGGAGGGAAGUAUUUCAGCACCACGGAAGACUACGACCAUGAAAUCACAGGGCUGCGGGUGUCUUCGGCUCUUAUGGUGAAAAGUGUCCAGGUGAGACUUGGAGACUCCUGGGAUGUUAAACAGGGCGCUUCAGGUGGGCAGACCCAGGAAGUCAUCCUGCAGCAAGGCGAACACAUCAUAAAAGUCGUUGGCGCCUUCAAAGUUUUCCUUCAGGGUAUGGCCCUGUGCACCAACAAAGACCGCUGUUUCUAUUUUGGGAAGCUUGUUGGGAAUUUCUUCUCUGCCUACCCCAGCCAAGAGGGGCAGGUGCUGGUGGGCAUCUAUGGCGAGUAUGGACUCCUUGGCAUCAAGAGCAUUGGGUUUGAAUGGAACUAUCCACUAGAGGAGCCGACCACUGAGCCACCAGUUACUUCCACAUGUGGAUGAAAGGCACCCAUGGGUCACUAGGGUGGGGUACAGGGCCAUCUGGGAGGUGGUGGCUGAUGGCACUGGAGUAACUGAGUCAGGAUGCUGAAUCUGAAUCCACCAAUAAAUAAUGCUUCUGCAGAAUCAAUG